AUGUCGUUUGCUCCCAUAAAAGAUGGAGAAUUUACUAGUACAAUCUACGGAAUGAUAAAAGAAGGAAAAUACCCAGAAGCGAUACGUGUACUUCAGUAUGAACUACAACGAACUCCAAAUAACCGUGCAGCACUGUCCUUACUGGGUUAUUGCUACUAUUACUGCCAAGACUACAUAAAUGCAGUGGACGCAUAUGCUCAACUAGCCGAUCUGUUUCCAAACUUUCCCGAGUACAAACUCUACCAUGCUCAAGCCUUAUACAAUGCUUUUAUGCUUCCAGAAGCUUUGCAAAUAGUCUCUACGAUCGAAGAGCAAAGCUUGCUUGGUGACGUCAUCAAGCUUGAAUCGGCAAUCAAGUAUCGUGAAGAAGAUCUGAAUAACGCGCGGAUUCUUGUGGAGCAAUAUCCAGCUGACGAUCCGGAUACCGAAAUGAAUUUGGCUUGUCUGGACUACAAGGACGGCGAUUAUGACAAGGCUCUAGAACGCUUCAACAAUGCAAGCUCUGUCAUGGGAUAUCAGCCCGAACUUGCUUAUGCAAUCGCACUAUGUCACUAUAGGAAGAAAGAGUACUCCCAGGCUUUGAAAUUUAUCAACGAUAUUGUGGAUCGCGGGAUCAAGGAUCAUCCGGAGCUUGGUGUUGGAAUGGUGACGGAAGGCAUGGAUCUGCGUUCGGUUGGAAAUACCAUGAAGCUUCACGAAACUUCACUUGUGGAAGCUCUGAAUCUGAAAUUUGCUGUAGAGUACAAGCUGAAGAAUUACACAGCGGCAAAUGAGGCUUUAACGGACAUGCCACCGCGAAGUGAAGAAGAGUUGGAUGCGGUUACAUUGCAUAAUCAGGCACUCAUUGGAAUCGACACCGACCCGAGCGACGGAUUCGCAAAAUUACAAUAUCUUUUGAGCCAGAAUCCAUUUCCGCCUGAAACUUUUGCGAAUCUGCUUUUGCUGUAUUGCAAAUAUGAAUAUUAUGAUCUGGCUGCGGAUGUUCUGGCAGAGAAUACACAUUUAACCUUCAAAUACCUUACCCAGUACCAAUUUGACUACCUUGACGCCUUGAUCAACCUACAAACAUCGCCAGAAGAAGCGUAUGCGAAAUUUGAUGCAAUGGCCAAUGACCAAAUGAACGAAUUAAGAAGUCUUACCAAGAAAGUGCAGGAAAUCCGUCAAAGCAACGAUGAAACUACGGCUAGGAAGGCUGUGGAAGCGUUUGAUGAGACCCUUGAGCUUUAUUUACCCGUACUAAUGUCACAAGCAAAGAUAUAUUGGGAUAAAGGAGAUUAUGCCAGAGUUGAGAAGAUCUUCAGAAAAUCUGUAGAAUUCUGUAGCGAACACGAUACAUGGAAACUGAAUGUGGCUCACACACUCUUCAUGCAGGAGCAAAAAUUCAAAGAAGCUGCUGGUUUUUAUGAGCCGAUAGUGAGCAAAAACUUUGUGACGCUCCUGGAUGUCUCAGCCAUUAUUCUGGCAAAUUUAUGUGUCUGCUAUAUCAUGACGAACCAGAACGAGGAGGCAGAAGAACUCAUGCGAAAAGUUGAACGAGAAGAGGAUGAAGCCAGAGAGAUAGAUGAAAAUCGUAAAAUCUUCCAUGUCUGCAUCAUCAACCUUGUUAUUGGAACGCUGUACUGCAGCAAGGGUAAUUUUGAAUUUGGCAUCUCCCGUGUGAUCAAAGCCAUGGAGCCACAGGAGCGAAAAUUGGGCACAGAUACUUGGUACUAUGCCAAACGAUGUCUUUUGGCUACCAUAGAAACUAUGUCAAAGCACCUUGUUGUCAUCCGCGAUUCUGUGGUACACGAAUGCCUGAAGUUUUUGGACCGAUGCGAAGUACAUGGAAGAAGCAUUCCAACAAUUGUCGAUGGUCCGUUGAUGGAAGGCCAGGUUGAUUCUAUCAAGAAUACAGUGACCUACGAGGCCAGACUGCUGAAGUCACUAUUGUUGCAAGUGAUCAACGGCUAA